AUGCUCAUUCCUCACCUCGUUAUAGGCGCUGGAAUCGGUCUGACAGCCGCCAGUGGCAAAAAUCUCAAUAUACUGAAAGCCGGCAUGACCAUUGUGACCAUGGGCUGGUUUAUAAUCACUGGCAUGACUCUUCUGUCUUUCAGGGCAAGCAUACACAGCGACCGAAUUUCGGGAGAGAAGAAGUUGCUUCUUGCUCUCAUUAUUGCUGCACCGAUUCUCGGGAUGCGAGUUGUCUAUUUCGUUGUAACGGAAUUCGAAUACGGAUAUUCAUCUAAAGCUUCCUUGCCCGUGUAA